AUGCGCGAGCGUGCUCUGGGCACGGAGGGCUCAGGUAUCGCGGCGGAGGCCCUGCCGGCUGUCGACUCCCUCGGUUGUCGCACUUUUGUAGGCUUAGCCGUUCCGCGGACUAACCUGGUAUCUUCGCCUCUCUGUGAACAGCGUGCUUUGCGUGUCGCGCGAGCCCGCCGGCUGGCCGCGUCCUCAAGUGCGGAGGCCGCCGCAGUGACCCCGCCCCCGGGCCGAGGAUGUGAGGCCGGCGGGACGUCCCCGGACCGGACCAGGGCACGGGCAGUGGGCGUCUCGGCAGCGCCAGGCUAUGGCUCUGCUGCCGGUGCUCCUCGCCUCCUGGGGCCUGGGGCAGUAAGAGGACCGGGAGACGUGGGGAAGCGGCCCUGGCUUUGUGGGGGCAAAGGGGCUGCGAGCGCCAUGGAGGGAGUGCUGUACAAAUGGACCAACUAUCUGAGCGGUUGGCAGCCUCGAUGGUUCCUUCUCUGUGGGGGAAUAUUAUCCUAUUAUGAUUCUCCUGAAGAUGCCUGGAAGGGCUGCAAAGGGAGCAUCCAAAUGGCAGUCUGUGAAAUUCAAGUUCAUUCCGUAGAUAACACACGUAUGGACCUGAUUAUCCCCGGAGAACAGUAUUUCUACCUGAAGGCCAGAAGUGUGGCUGAGAGACAGCGGUGGCUGGUGGCCCUGGGGUCAGCCAAGGCCUGCCUGACUGACAGUAGGACCCAGAAGGAGAAAGAAUUUGCUGAAAACACUGAAAAUUUGAAAACCAAAAUGUCGGAACUAAGACUCUACUGUGAUCUCCUUGUUCAGCAAGUAGAUAAAACAAAAGAAGUGACCACAACCGGUGUGUCCAAUUCUGAGGAGGGAAUUAAUGUAGGAACUCUGCUGAAAUCAACCUGCAAUACUUUUCUGAAGACCCUGGAAGAAUGCAUGCAGAUCGCAAAUGCAGCCUUCACCUCGGAGCUGCUCUAUCACACUCCCCCAGGGUCGCCACAGCUGGCCAUGCUCAAGUCCAGCAAGAUGAAACAUCCUGUUGUACCAAUGCAUAAUUCAUUGGAAAGACAAGUGGAGAUGAACAAUUGUGAAAAUGGAUCUUUAAAUAUGGAAAUAAAUGAUGAUGAAGAAAUCAUAAUGAAAAACAAGAGCCCCUUAUGUUUGAAAUCUGCAGAGAGAGAGUGCAGUGUAUCAAGUGAAGAAAAUAUAGAUGACAGUAUAACAGUCCAACGGGAAAUAAUGAAAGAAGUUGGAGAGGGAAACCUGGGAAAUCAUGACAUCUUGGCACAACCUGAAUCAAACUCCUCCAAUAGCUCGGAAUCCCACUGGGAAGAAGACAAUGAAGUUAUCCCAACUUUCUUUAGUACCAUGAACACCAGCUUUAGUGACAUUGAACUUCUAGAAGACAGUGGCAUUCCCACAGAAGCAUUCUUGGCAUCAUGUUAUGCUGUGGUUCCAGUAUUAGACAAACUUGGCCCUACAGUAUUUGCUCCUGUUAAAAUGGAUCUUGUUGGAAAUAUUAAGAAAGUAAAUCAGAAGUAUAUAACCAACAAAGAAGAGUUUACCACUCUUCAGAAAAUAGUGCUACAUGAAGUGGAGGCAGAUGUAGCCCAGAUUAGGAAUUCGGCAACAGAAGCCCUCUUGUGGUUGAAGAGAGGUCUCAAAUUUUUGAAGGGAUUUUUGACAGAAGUGAAAAAUGGAGAAAAGGAUAUCCAGACAGCCCUGAAUAAUGCAUAUGGUAAAACUUUACGGCAACACCAUGGCUGGGUCGUUCGAGGGGUUUUUGCGUUAGCUCUGAGGGCAGCUCCAUCCUAUGAAGAUUUUGUGGCUGCGUUAACCAUCAAGGAAGGUGACCACCAGAAAGAAGCCUUCAGUAUUGGGAUGCAGAGGGACCUCAGCCUUUACCUCCCUGCCAUGGAAAAGCAGCUGGCAAUACUGGACACUUUAUAUGAGGUCCACGGACUGGAGUCUGACGAGGUGGUAUGA